UGUAGCCGCCAAUUCAAGUUCCCCUCCAAGUCCCUGUAAUGGAGACCAGAAGCCAUAGAUUUUUCGCUUGAAUACAAUAAAAUCAUGAACUCGAAUUUCGUGAUUGCGUUCCAUGGCUCAAAUCCACACUUUUCUUCUUCUUCUUCUUCUUCUUCUUCAAAUAUUCUGUAGAAUAAAUGGCCGCUUUUGAAGUUUCAUCCUCGUUGUGUUCAUCUUCUUCGAGAAAACUGGCUGUUUCUGAGGGCGCGGAGGGUAGAGUUAAAGAGGAGGAACUUCUCAUUUCGUCUUCAUCUGGAUCAUCUUCUUCUGCACGUACACAGCUUGAUCUCUUGGAGCAACUCUCUUCUGGUAGCCAAAUAAUUGAUGGUUAUGAAAGCGAUGGCAGUUACCAGAAAAUUACGAUCCGUGAUCAGCUUGCACGGUUGUUCAGAGACAGAUAUGACGAUUUUAACGUUCCGUUGGGUAAGAACUUGAAGAAGGUUAGUGCCAAGUUUUUGACAAUUUCUCAGAAGAGGAAUAUCAAAAGACAAUCAUACUUGAAUGAAAUAUCUCAAAGGAACGAUUCAGUUUUCUUUGCUACAGUUGAAGCAUUUAUAAUUUUGCCUUCUAUUUUAAUAUUGGGAAUUGCUAUAAUAACUGGCUAUAAAAAGUAGGGCUAACUUUUUCCAUGAUAUACAGUUUAUACAAACAUCAUAUUUAUAGAAGUGAUUAUCUCAUGAUAUUGAAGAUUCAUUGCCCAUUGUUUUCAUCUUAAUUUUCAACUUGAGUUCUAUAUUUCUGGAAAAGUAUGAAUGUAAUAGCCCAAGCCCACCACUAGCAGAUAUUGUUUGUUUUUGGCCCGUUAUGUAUUGCCGUCAGUUUCACUGUU